AAUUAAGCUAAUUAAUUUUUUAUUUAAUAACAAAUUUUGAAUUUUUUCUCAAAAAUAAAUGGACUCAACAUACAAUAAUUUUUAAAUAUUUAAUUAAAACAAAAAUAAGAUAUUUAAGACUUACCUAAUUUCAUAUUAAAAGUAGAAAUUGAUUCAUGAAAAUGCUAUGAUGUAUGGGUAUCAGUUUAUCAUGUCAGUACUUUAUAUCCUAACCUUAAAAUAAAUAUAUAAUUUUUAAAUAACCUCUAAAUUAAGAAUGGCAGAAUUAGAAUUAACGGAAAAAGAAUUAACACAAAGACAUAAAAAAGAACGGAAAGAAUUACAAGCACAAAUACAAAUACUAAAAAAGUCAAUUUGUAAGGGUGAUAAGAAAAAGAAAAAAGAGGUAACUGAGGAAAUCAAUCGCUUAGAAGAAGCUUUAGAUAAAAAACAAGAAGAAGAAUUAACUAUAUGGAAAGUCACACAUCUUAAUAUCAAUAAUGUAGAAAAUGAAAAUAUAGAAAAUAGUAAUAGUAAUGAAAGCACAAAAGAUAAUAAACAAUAUGAACAACCAACACAGAGAGUUUCUAAAGCUCAGAAAAGGAGAGAUAAGAAAGCAAAUGCUGAAAGAGAACGUAAUCAGAGAAUCAUAGAACAAGAAGCAUUAAAUGUUUUUGGAAAAAGAAAUGUAGAAUUGCAAACUAUUAAAAAAAUUCUUUGUGAACGUGGUCUAAUGAUUUAUGAGAUUCCAAGUGAUGGCCAUUGUUUAUAUAAUGCUGUUGCGCAUCAAUUAAAAAUUAUAGGAGAGACACCAUUAAAUUUUCAUGAACUCAGAUCGAAAACUGCUAUAUAUUUAAGAGAAAAUAUGAAUGAAUUUUUACCAUUUAUUUCUAAUCCAGAUUCUGAUGAUUUUCUCUCACCAGAACAGUAUGAAAAAUAUUGUGAUGAUGUGGCAGAUACAAGUGCAUGGGGUGGAGCUAUUGAAUUACAAGUCCUUUCACAUGUAUUAAAAUGUCCAAUAGAAGUUAUUCAGGCAUCAGGUGUACCAUAUGUUAUUGGUGAUAAUUAUAAUAAUGAAAAGAAAAUGAUAUUGACUUAUCAUCGGCAUAUGUAUGAAUUAGGUGCUCAUUAUAAUUCUGUUACAAAAUAUGUUAAAGAAGAAGAAAGCUGAUAAAAAUGGACUUUAUAUUUCUCUAAUGUUAACAAGAAGAGAAGUUAAACAUGUUUUGUAACACUUUUUACUAUGAUAAAAUAUGAACCAUUCAAAGCUGCCACAAUUUAAAUGUCCAGGAAACAUAUCAAUUUUAAAUUAAUAAUUCAACGUUUCUCUGGCAACUUUAACUAAUAUACACUUAAAAAUCUAUAAUUUUUGUUAAUAGUAAGUUAGAUUUAAGAUAAUAAGAAUUAAUAAGUCUUCCUUUUUGGUUUUUUUGUAAAUGAUUAUUGCGCUAUUAUGAAAAUUGUAUUUAUUUAUUACUUAAAUAUUUGACAAUAUAAUGAAGCUGCCAGCAAAUUGCAAGUACAUAUUACUGUUCAGUGCUUGCUUGCUCCAAAGUUUUAAUGUAAAUAUAUAUUUAAAUAAAUAUGAUUUAUGUUUUUUACAAAUUUAAUUUAUAAUUAAAAUUAAAUAUUAAAGCGAUAUUAUUAUAAUAGAAAUAUUAAGGUUGUGUGUAUGUAUAUGAAUAUAUGUUAAUACUUUUCUCAUAAUGUGUUCUCAUAGUUUUGUACUAUUUUGGUAGUAAGUAAUACAUACAAAAUAUGGAAUAAAAAUAAUAUUAUCAUUA